AUGAAUCCUAAUUAUGUAACAGAAUUUGCACGAAAACCAUAUUUACAACCCGAUCCAGGCAAUAAUCAGCCAUUUACGCCACCAUAUAGCUAUGGAGAUAAUACAAAUUCGAUUUUAUGCAAUGAUCCUUAUCAAAAUGUUCCUCUGUUGAAUGAUCUUGAUCAAAAGUUCCAAAAUUUAGAAAGAAAUACACCACAAAUGAUUCGCCUUCAAGAUCAAAGGCUAGAUCCUGGUCCACAGCGAUAUGUACAUGAUGGAAGCGUUCCGUUAUGGAUGGAAAUGCUUGCAGACACCAAAAUACAUCCAUAUUCACUUUGUCCGUUCCCCAAAUUGGAGGAGAAGGACCUAACAUACGUAUUAGAAAACAUUUUUGAUCAAAACGUUUCUCCUGAUCGCGCUGCAUGGGCGUUACACUACAUUAUCAAGAAAAUCGGUACAAAGAUUGAUCUUACUAAGAUGCUUUUAGAAUUUGAAAAAGUUGACGAACAUUAUUUUGCAAAAGUCUGUUUCUACUGUUAUCAGGAUAAUUUAUUAGACCAUUUGGAAUUCCUUCAAGGAGCCAUCAGCAAAUUGCAGCCGGAAUCGCUUAAAAUCUUCAAAAACGAAAUUUUAAGAACUCACGUUUUAACUGUCGCAGCUUUUACCUCUAGCAUUGAUUAUUUAUCAAUAAUGGACGAGCAAUUACUUCUACAGCAAACUCACCUCAUACAGCUCUCUCUUUUCUAUCAUUUGGGUCAGAAUUUUACUCCUAAGCUGAACUUCCCGUUUGGACCAAAAAUCGAUGACCUCAUGAUGAGAAAUGACCUGCUAAAGAAGAGAGCACGCUCCGUUUAUCAGAUUGUCACUCCAAGAUUAUUAUCCCUCGCAACACAGCUCUCAAACAUCAUUGUCGCUUCAUAUCCGUACUACGAUGAGGCCAAAACAAGCCUUGCCAUCGAAAGCGCGGCUAUUUACGCAUCGGAUGAGGCUUGUUCGCAAGUUGCGAUAAAACUCUUCGAAAUUUUGUUCUGGUUCGAGGGCGAAAAUGCUGAGCUUUCAAGUAUAAUCGUCUGGACCCUCACAAAAAUUCAAGUCAAAGAAUUCGAUCUCCCAUCUCUCGUAGAUUUCUACUAUGAGCAUGUUGAUCAGAUCUCCAAACUUCGCCACUUGUUCGCUGAAUUGCAGGCGUUCGGGUUGGUAAGCUAUACGUCCUUUGUUUCUUACAUUAUUCAGGCUGGAUACAUUUUGACAAGACCACAAGCUACAAGCGUCAUUAUUUCAUCAGUACCAUUUUACGUAAGGUCUCCAAGGGCUAUGAAACUCUUCGAAUCUUGCAUGUUGAAGCUUGGAAUUACUGGAUACGAUCAAAUUGUCCGCGAAAUCACAGUAAAACCUCUCGAACUUACAAUUUUGGCUAAUAUGGAUAAGGUCAAGCAGCUUCCUUACCCUGUUAUCUAUAGUAUUGUCUCAUAUGCGAUAAAUGAAACGAAACACGUCUCAGAAAUCAUCGACGUCAUAUCCCAAUUGAAUCUAGAUACAUUAUUCCCACUACUUUUCGAUAAGAUUACUGAUUCAAAAGACUUGAAAUUCUCUAUUAACACUCAUAUCAUGCCAAGAGUUCAGAAUUCGCUUCCAUUUUUGGUUUCUCAUGGACAGUUUUCGAAAUUCAUCGACCUUAUUACACAGAAUUCAAGCGAUCCUGUAAUGAUGGAUAUUAUUUUGUUUAUCUACGAGCAUUACAAGGAUAUUCCACGCAGACCCGAGUUGAACGAAAUAUCUAAGACCGCAAAAGGCGUUUCUAUCGACUCUACAAAGAUCAGAGAACUUUUCAGAAGAUUUUCUUACUUAUGCAGCCUCCAUAUCUUCGAUGCCUUCCACAAUGUCGAAACCACGCAUGAUUUCGAAUUAAUCUUCCGCACAUUCCUCUCCCAACUCCUUCAUUUCCACUCUUUGAAAUCUUCGACCAUGAUAAAAUUCUUCCUCGAAUUUGCUCAGUCAGGAUGUGUUACCUUACCUCCUAAUUUCUUUAUAAAGCAUUUAUUGGCUGUUUUACUCACUUUUCCCGAAGAAGAUUUCGAUGAUCGUUUAAACCUUCUUUUGCAAGAUUUCUUCACUUUCAUCUUCGAGAAGGGACUUUUCCAACCAGCAAACUUCCUCGCGGAGUCCAAGAAACGCCGCGGAAGUGCAAAUUCUUCUCCAUUCGGCAAAAUUGCCAAUAUUUUCCUCACAAUCUGCAAAGCGCGACUAGAUUUAUUCACCCCUCUCAACUGCUUCUCAUCCAAUUCCAUCAAAGGCUAUCAAGGAGAGCCAAUGUUAACAGAAUUAGUAGAUGUCCUCAAGAACGCUCCACUUCCACAACUAACAGAUGAUGUAUUAAAGUCCUUCGACAAUAUGACCCUCGCCGGAACCUAUUUCGCGUUACUUCCCGAAGAAGCUCGAGAUCCAAACUUCGAAAAGGCCUUUGAGUUCUUCAAACAGAACGCGAACGACUCCAACUGCAGGCUCCUUGCAUACUGGCUCAAGUACCACCUCUAUUUCUCCGGUCCUCCGAGUCAAGGAUUACCUCAACCGAUUACACCGGACAAACAGGCCACGACCAAGUUUGCCAGCACCGUCGCACUUGCCUUUUACAAUCUGUUCAUGUCUCUUUCGCCAGAAAACGAAGCAGACAUGAAAAGGAGAGAUGUUUUCCUAAAUGCGUGGUCGUUGAUCUGCGAAAAGGACUUUUCCAGGUACAAGACCCCUAUAUUCGCCAACGCCGCCCUUCAACAAGCCACGAAUGCCAUCAAAGCCUCAAAUUUAACUUAUACACCUUUCCUUGUUGACUAUUUGCACCCGGCAUUGAUCUGUGGCGUCAGUUCUAACCAGAACGAAAUCCUUGUUGAUACUCUUUUGGCCGCUCCUGUGCCACAAGACCAGCAAGGACCAUUUUUCUACACGGCCGCGUCAGUUUUCGUAUCGUACAUCUACAGACAGACAUUUCCAAUACAGACACGUAUCGAAAACACCGCUUGCAGGCUUUUGGAGUGGAUAUAUUCUGUAUCCGAACAAAGAUCUCGCGGAUUCGACUUCCUUUUGGACUCCCUCAACUUCAUCACGUGCUUUACAUCGAAUCUGACCCAGAUAAAUCAGACUUCCUACCAUUUCAAACUGAGGGAAAUCUACAUCAAGUUGCCGGAACAGGUUCGGAGCAUAAUAAUCCUCAAUAUACCUCCUCAGGCAUUCGAACCAGACAAAGAACCAUUGUUCUUCAACGUUACAGCUCCUGAACCAGUAAAUCUUCAACCGCCACAGAUGCAGAUGCCACAAAUGUCGAUGCCACAGCCAAUGCCAAUGCAGCCACCACCUCAGCAACAGAUGCCGAUGCAGCAACAGCAACAACAACAGAUGCAACAGCCAAUCAACUUGCCGAUGGACUACGAGAUGAUGAAUUCUACAUUUGGUGAUAUAGAUGACUUCAACUUUGAUAUUUAG